AUGUCGAAUCGAUUACGCAGGCUUUUUUCACCACGAACUGCACCUCAACAAACAGUUGAAAAGGAAAAAUCAAAUAAUGAAGAAGAAACAAGAGAACAAUGGGAUCGACCCAUUGAAUUCUUGCUUUCAUUAAUCGGCUCUUCAGUUGGUUUGGGUAAUGUAUGGAGAUAUCCUUACAUUGCAUUUAGAAAUGGGGGUGGUGCUUUUCUUAUACCAUAUUUUUGUAUCUACUUUCUUGUUGGAACACCGCUUUAUUUUCUUGAAUUAUCACUUGGUCAAUUUACUAGUCGUAGUACAGCGGCUACUUUCACAAUGUCACGUAUGUUCAAAGGAGUUGGCUUGGCAACGGCAGUUAAUGCUUUGUUUGUUUCGCUUUAUUAUAAUGUAAUUAUUGCUUGGUGUCUAUUUUAUCUUUUUGCUUCAAUGCAACGAAGACUUCCAUGGAGUGAUUGCGGAAAUUGGUGGAAUACACAACGUUGUUCAAAUGCAGAUGGAUCGUCGAACUCAACAGAAAGUUUUCUCUGUUUAAAUACUACUCAAUCAAAUAAUUGUUCAACGCCUGUAUUUUCACCUGAAGAAUAUUUUAAUAACUAUGUUUUACGAAGAAGUGAUUCAUUGGAAGAAAUAGGUUCUCCAAUUUGGUAUCUUACAUUAUGCUUACUAUUAGCAUGGAUAAUUGUUGCUCUUUGUCUUGUUAAAGGCAUUAAAUCAUCUGGCAAAGUUGUUUACUUUACUGCAUUAUUUCCUUACGCAGUAAUUAUUGCUUUGAUUGUUCGUGGUGCAACUUUACCAGGUGCAGCAGAUGGAAUUAUAUUUUAUUUAAAACCAAAUUGGAGUAAAGUUGCUGAUUUUAAUGUUUGGGUUGCAGCUGCUUCUCAAGUUUUCUUUUCCCUGGGAGUAGCAUUCGGUCCAAUACUUGCUUAUGCUAGUUUUAAUAAGUUCAAAUCAAAUUAUCUUAGAGAUUGUAUUAUUGUUACAGUUUGUGAUUGUUUUACUUCAGUAUUUGCGGGAUUUGCUGUUUUUUCAACUCUUGGUUUUAUGGCAUUCAAAACGGGUUUACCUGUUGAUAAAGUAGCUCAAAGUGGGCCAGGUUUAGCUUUUAUUGUCUAUCCACAAGCAUUAGCAAUGAUGCCUGGUAGUGUAUUUUGGGCAAUUAUAUUCUUUAUUAUGCUGCUUACACUUGGUCUUGACUCACAGUUUGCUCUUUGUGAUGUAAUAAUAUCUGGUCUACUAGAUAAUUUUAAGCAACUACGGCGUUAUAAAAUAUUUGUUGUAAUUGGAUAUUGCAUAGUUGGCUUUUUAUUAGCACUUCCAAUGUGCGCACCGGGUGGAAUUUAUUUAUUCACAUUACUGAAUGAAUAUUCAGCUAAUAUAUCAGUACUUGUUUGUGGAUUCUUCGAAUUUAUUGUGAUUGCUUAUAUAUAUGGUUUUAAUAAUUUUAUGGAAGAUAUUCGUAUGAUGUUAAAUAGACGGCCAUUAGAACCUUAUUGGUUUUUCACUUGGUGUAUAUCAGGUCCGAUUAUCAUUCUUAUUGUUUUCUUUUCAUCACUAAUACAAUUUCAACCACCAAAGGAAGGUAAUUAUAUAUAUCCACUAUAUGCAAAUGUUAUCGGUUGGCUUUUUGUUUGUGCAUCGGUUAUAUUUAUACCUAUUAUUAUGAUCUAUGAACUUAUUAAAGCAUGGAAAGUAACAAAGAAUAAUCAAAAUCAAAUUCCGAUUAAUAUGCCACAUUACUUACGAAUGUUAACAUAUGCAAGUAAACCACAGGAUAAUUGGGGACCAGCAAGAAAAGAAAAUCAAUGUGAUCGAUAUGAAGCACUGAAUAAAAAAACAACAGUACCUGUUCAAAUCAAUAAUAGUUUUGAUCCUCAAAUUGACUUACGUACAAGAUUCUAA